GAAGCUCUGAGCGAAUAUUUCACUUAUGACUAAUAUUAAUUGUGCUGCACAUCAUGUUUGAGAAAGCGUCUGAAGCAGGUCACCUCCUCCUCGCCAGUGUGCUCAGAGAUCCGCCUCCUGUGCGCGCUGCUCCAGCUGCAGAUGCCGGCUGCUCUCUCAUCGACUGCACGCUUUCUCUGCACAAAACCAGCCCGCCUUCACUGACAAUGAAAAACAUCACAUCGCGCUAUAAAGCUUAAUCUCGCUCUCUGAUGACUCUUCUGGAUACCCCUCACUAGUUUUUUGGAGCCAGAAGCAGGCUAUGAUAUUUUCUUGGCAGCUUAACUAAUUGGUGACAGGCUGUGCCUGCCAGCAUACUUGCAACAUUAUUUCUCUUUUCGGCGCUCUGUGAGCCUCACAACAUGUAUAAGUUAUGGAUUUUCAUCGCAGUGUGCUGUGCGUAUUUUCCACGGGGCUCUGCAGCGCCAAAGACCUGGGGUGAAGAUCCCAGGUCACAACUUGAGAGCAAUGCAGAGGAAAGUGACAGACUGCAGGAGGAGAUAGAUGGGCAGGAGAGCAUUCUCUCUAAGCUGCUGGGUGAUUAUGACAAAGUGAAAGCCCUCUCGGAAGGCUCUGACUGUCGGUGUAAAUGUGUUGUCAGACCCCUGAGCAGGAGCGCCUGCCGGCGGAUAGAAGAGGGGAGCGCCACUGUGCAGGACUUCUACACUGUGGAGACCAUCACAUCUGGACCAGAGUGCAAGUGCGCCUGCAUCGCUCCUCCGUCAGCAGUCAACCCCUGCGAGGGAGAGUUCAGGCUGAAAAGACUUAGGGAAGCUGGAAAAGAGAAUGUCAAGCUGUCCACCAUCCUUGAGCUGCUGGAGGGCUCCUUCUAUGGCAUGGACCUACUGAAGCUGCACUCUGUUACCAAUAAGCUCCUGGAUCGCAUGGAACACAUUGAGAAGGUUGUGUCUCUGAACAACACCACUGAUGAGGUGAAGCCCCAGGAGAGCCCUCCCAUCAAAGCAGAUGUGACUGAAAGCCCACCCACCACUCCCCCCGACCGGCAUCAGGACAAGAAGGGACUCGGUGAGGUCAGCGGAGCCGCAGUGUAUCGAAACCCAGAGGAAAAGUAUGAGGAGAAGUUGAUUGGGGAAAAUCCAAUCUUCCUACAAACAGAUGGUUCUACUCUGACCAUUGAGGUCAAACCUGAGGUGACUCCAAAAACCGUGGCUAACAAGGAAGCUUCUCAGGGGUCGAAGACUGGCCCCAAUGGAAUGAUCAUCAGAGGAAUGACUUUUUAUAAAUCUGAGCCAGAUCCGAUGGUGGCUGAUGACGGGGAGCCUGGAGAGAACUUGUUUGAGUACCAUGGAUUCAGUGGGGAUGGCCCAAUUAACCUCUUCAUUGAGGAGAAUCUUCUACAACACAGAGCCCCUCGACCAAGACCAGUUCGACCAAAGACAAGAGCUCAUUCGCACGAUUCCAAAAAGACGAUGCCAACAACACCGAAAAAAAACGAGCCCGCCUCAGAAACUCAUGAUGAGUUAAUCAGUGCCAAUGGAACCACAUCAGACGUACAGAGUGACACAUCAGUCACGUUUGGACCAACCACUACCACACAAAACAACAGGAGCACAGAGACUGCGCCUCUAACUAGUCAAAGAGUCACUGCUGGAACCACUAAAUGGCCAAUCCCUUUGAUGGCUGAACGAGCCGUCACUGCCAAGGAAACAACCGAAACUGCAAUGAACACACCCCAACCCUCUGAAAAUAAAGCCACAGUGGAAAUAUUACGAGCUUUCACAACAAGAAAUAUCCCAACCACCGUGAUGGAAACCUCGACCCUGCAGGUGAAAGACCAAACGCAAACCAUACCUGGCAGCACUGCAGCUCUUUCAAGCACACUUGCACCAACCCCAGCCACAGAUGCUCCAACCACCAGCCCAGCUUCCACUGUGACCAUAACAACUUACGCUGCCCUGACCUCAGCACCAAUACCCCCCACAGAAGCUUCCACAACAGCUACCUCCACGCAGGCUGCUAGCACAGCACCAGAAGAAACUGAAUCCGCCUUCUUUUCGGGCUCGACUUUGCCUCCUACCACACAGGGAGUGAUCCCCUUGUCUCCCCAUACUUCUCUGCCUUUCACCACACCUGUACCUGCCUCUUCUUCAACCACCACCACCACCACCACCACCACCACCACCACUACCACUACUACCACCCCCACCACUACUACCACCACCACUACCAGACAGGCUGCUCAAGUCAAACGGAAAUACAAAAUCAGUUGGGAGGAGGAAGAGGGAGAGAAGAAACACCCAGAAUUAGAUGAGCCAAUGCAAAGGCAGGAGGAAUUUACUUCAAGAAAACCCGGGGAGUGUAAGGACACUUUGGCAACAAUCUCAGAUCCAGUAACUCACAACACCUAUGGCAGAAAUGAAGGAGCAUGGAUGAAGGACCCGAAGUCUGAGUCUGACAAAAUUUAUGUCACAAAUUUCUAUUAUGGGAAUAACCUCCUGGAGUUCCGCAGCCUGCAGGUUUUCAAAGCAGGCCGUUUUACCAACUCAUACAAGCUGCCUUACAACUGGAUUGGCACAGGCCAUGUGGUCUUUGAUGGGGCUUUCUACUACAACCGUGCCUUCUCCCGAGACAUCAUCAAGUAUGACCUGCGUCUGCGUCACGUGGCCGCCUGGACCAUGCUGCAUGAUGCUCUAGUGGAGGAGACAUCGUCACCUUGGGAGUGGCGCAGCCACUCUGACGUCAACUUUGCCGUGGACGAGAGUGGCCUGUGGAUCAUCUACCCGGCACUGGAUGAUGAGGGCUUCUUACAGGAAGUGAUUGUUAUGAGUCGGCUCAACCCCUCAGACCUCAGCAUGCAGAGGGAGACCACCUGGAGAACCGGGCUCAAGAGAAACCACUACGGAAACUGCUUCAUCGUGUGCGGCGUCUUGUACGCUGUUGACAGCUACAACCAAAAGGACGCCAACUUGGAAUACGCCUUCGACACGCACACAAACACUCAGAUGAUUCCCAGAAUGCCCUUCACCAACAACUACACCUACACCACGCAGAUUGACUACAAUCCCAAAGAGGGUGUUUUGUAUGCGUGGGACAACGGACACCAAGUCACAUAUAACAUUAAGUUUGCCUAUGUAGACCCUUAGCAGGGGUUUGACAGUAGUUAUUUUAAAAAAGUUAAUUCUAUGCUUUGAAUGGAUUGUAGAUCAGUCCACGUGGCCUUUGGUAUGGAGACAAAUGGGGGCCAAAUGUACAAAUAUACUUCAGUAUAUUGAGACUAAAUUGUUUUGUGCUUAGCAAGAUUUUUUUUUUUACAUUUUUACCUGAAAUAAAUCAAUGAGCCUGAUUCCUCGGUCAACACGUCAAGUUGUACUGUAUAUAUUGUAAUACUGUAAACAAAAACAAAAAAAAAAAACAACCCUGUGAAUGUAGAAAUCAGUUCAUGACUUGGGUCAAAAUACUCUUUUAACAACUCACAUAAAAGAACCAGUUCAUGUAAGCAUGCUCUUUGAACAUAUUAUGUGGACAAAUUACAUUUUUCUGUUUUAUAGACAUUAUUUUGUAUUCAAUUUUUCUUUGCAUCAUAUGCCACAGGUCCUCUGCAUGGUAAUAUUGCUGAUAUUGCUGUUGACCUUUGUCUUGUGAAAGCACUUACUCCAUAUGAGACUGUUCUGAGGAGACUACAAUAAAGUUCAGAAACACUAACA